UUCAAGUUUACCUGUAAAAGUAAAGCCUUUCGAUAAAAGCAACUAUAUGCAUUUACCGAGUAUUAUAGCAGUCUAAAGCAAGCACAUCUACAACAGCAAUAGUGUAUGAAAAUACUUACUGAAAAACAAUCUAGAGCAUUCAAUAUAUAAUCAACAUGUUAUUAGAUACUACCUCAAAUCGUAUCAGUGCUUUUUUCAGUAAGCUCUCUUCUAUGUUGAUUCUUUUAUGUGCAAUCAUCACUCUCCAGAAUCUUGUUGAAAACCCCAGUGCUGAAAAAAUCCUUCCAGCAACUGUUCAUUAUGCUAAAUACAAACCAGCCAGAUUUUAUCAUGCCUUCCACAAUAAACGGCAGAAUUAUGCUCAAAUCAAAUUUGACUUGGAUGCCGAUUUUUCAAAUCUAUGGACUUGGAACACCAAGCACAUUGUCGUCUAUUUGGUAGCCUCAUACCCAACGGAAAAACAUGAUGUGAAUAAUAUUGUUGUCUGGGAUCGCAUUCUGUCAACUUCAGAAGAAUCCCAUUUGCAACUUGAGAAUACGCUUUCAAAUUUACAUGCUCAUCCAUUUAACGAGUAUAGCAAUGAUUUUAGUAACUUGAAAGCGAACUAUACAAUGCAUUGGACAGUGUCUCCUAAACUAGGAUUUUUGACUUGGGGCUCCGGAACUCCGUCUCUGGCUGUACCUUUUACGAAGGUUUAAGAGUUUCCAAUAUAUCUUAAGCAAAUACGUUCAUUUUACUGUUCUUUUUCAAUGGUACAUCCACUUCAGAAUGCGUACGCAGGGGACGAGUUUAAAAGCGAGCGAAUUCAAGAAACUUACAGCUAUGAGGAAUUGAUAAGAAAACCGAGUUCAAAUCAAAGGAGUUAUUUAUUUGACUAUUGCAGUUUACAACAUCCUGAAGUCAUCGUACCUUUGCAGAUAGAAUUAAGACCUAGAAAAGUAAAUUUGCGUCAGCAGUUGGUAAUGUUUGCUAAAACUAUUUAAAUCGAAUAAGUAAAAGAU